AAAGUCCCUAAUUCCCUAUUGUGACCUUCCCUGAUGACAUCAGUGUGAUAAGUCAGUGAACAGGCGGUGCAUACUGGAAGAUCAGGCUGGUUGUGAGCCGAUGGAGACUGUAAAUGAAACAGAAGCAGGUGGGGUUGGCAAAGAUGCAGUCAUUGCAGAGCAGGAGAAAAUUAGUGAAUAUUGCCUUCAAGAUAUUGAUGAUAAGUUGUCCGAAUCAACAGAUGAUGAUGGUGAAGAUGAUACCAAUGAUGAAGAUAAUGACGAAGACAGUACCUCUAAUAAGGAUACUCAUGCCCCAUUAGAGUUAAUGGCAGAAUUCCUGAGAGCAGAAAUGAGCCAAGACUACCAUUUGGCAAAAAAAUUAUGUCAGAUGAUUCUAAUCUAUGAGCCAGAAAAUCCUGAGGCCAAGGAGUUUUUCUCACUUAUUGAAGAAAUGUUGCUGAUGGAGAAAACUCAAACUCUUGAGGAAGAUGAUGAAGAUAGUGAAGAAGACAGUAGCGGUGAGAGUGAAGGGGAGAGCAGUGAGGAUCUGAGUGAAGAAAGCUCCGACGAGUGUGAAGACGAGUGACGAAAGCGGCCACUGUGGUUUAAUCUUCAUGUAUUUUCAUUUCUGUAUAUGAUGGAAACAUAAAGAAGGGAGCUGCAUUUUAGUCUAA